CAGUGGUCAAGCAAAGCGCAGGUGGUAUCGGCAGGGGGAGCUCGUUCCCUUCAUGUGCAGCAUUUUGUCAGGAAAAUCCAGUCUCCUUACCGCGCAUGUGCGAGUGUAAACGAGGUCCAAGACGAGGACGGAAGAUGGCGGCGACCAGGGAGAGCAACACCAGGCCUGGGAAACCGGCGGGCAAAGAGCCGCAGCCGCUCGUUAUUGCCAAAACUGCAGCGGAGGAGCAGCGGCUUAAGUUGGAGAGACUCAUGAGAAACCCUGAUAAGCCUGUAACAAUCCCAGAGAGACCAAAGGAAUGGAACCCACGUGCUCCUCCAGAGUUCGUCCGAGACGUGAUGGGUUCGAGUGCUGGAGCUGGCAGCGGGGAGUUCCACGUGUAUAGACACCUGCGGCGCAGAGAGUACCAGAGGCAGGAGUGCAUGGAUACCAUGAGUGAAAAGCAAAAGAUGGACAAGGAGUACCAGGAGAAGCUGCAGAAGAACAAUCAGGCAACAGCAGAGAAGACAGCCAAGCGCAGGAAGAAACGGCAAAAGUUAAAAGAGAAGAAACUGAUGGCACAGAAAGCUAAACUCGAGGAAGGGAAGGAUGGAGAUGGCGAUAGUGGUUCAAAUUCUGCCUCCAGCAGUGACAAGGUCCCCAGGAAGGAGGGUGACGAUGAUGCAGAGGAGCCCAGCUUUGUUAUGGGGGGGAGGUGACAGUGAUGCAGAGGAGCCCAGCUUUGUUGUGGUGGUGGGUGGGUGGGAUGACGCUCGACAUGUUUCUGAUCACUACACACCCAGCCAGGAAUGGGGUGCCCAAUAAUCUCUUCACUUCUCACUGCAAAUCUUUAUUCAAGAGUGUCCAAACCACAGUUGGUAAACCAUAGCUAUGCCAAGCUUUGCUACCUUCAAGUACAUAUAACUAACUAAAUAAUUCCAGUCAAUCUAAUAUGUAUUGCCCAAACUUCAUUUUUUCAUAGCAUUUGUAAACAACAACGUCUCCUGCACUCUUUUCCACGCUGCACUCCCUGUUGAAGGAACACAUCUAAUUCUUUCUGAACACAUUUGUUGUAUUUCUCCAAAAUGAAAAACUCUCAGAAGCUGGACACAGUGGCUCGCAUUUGAGUGCCUAUCGUUGCUUUUCCUAUAUUUUGCGAUGCGAUUCCCGGGCAGUGUAUGUACCGGGCUUAAGUCAGAGUGGAGAGAACUGCUGUCUGUCCUGGUGUUGGUCUCAUUGAUUGUGACCCAUAUUAAAUAGAGAUCUGUUUCUGUUCAGGGCAGCAUGAACUGAGCUGCUGAUGGAAGCCAGGAGUACACCAGCACCUCCUGCUCACUUGCUCAGGACCACAUUCAUUGAUGUGUCUGUGUGUUACCAGCAUCAUGAAGUUGUUGUGUGUUUUUUUGGUUUGUUUGUUUGUUUUUUUAAAUAAAAAGUUAAAAUGUU